UCUUUUUUAUUUUUUUUAGAAAGAGUGAUGGAGAGCAGAGAUGAGUCUGGUUCAGAAUCAGAGUCAGGAAUUACAAGGAGGGUACAACAGAAACGGCAAUGCAGUAUAUAUCAGGCUGAUUUGCUUCCAUCUCCUGCCACCAAAACUAAUGCAACCCACAUAGAGGGCUUGGAUAGUUACUCCAUAAUUUGCCCACACAUUGGAAAAACAAAUGAAAGUGAGACUGAACACCAACUUUCUGGAGUUUUUAGAGGCUUGCAAAGACAAUCCAUGCAAACCAUGCCUUUACAUGAUAAUUUGGCACGAGAAUCAAUACAUGACAGUUCAACAGAGCAACAUUCUUUAAGCACAGGAUUAAAUGCAAGAAAGUUUUAUGGAUCAUCUACUGGUACAGUUUCUACAGACCUCAUGGUGAAGCGCAGCAUAGGCACAGUUAUGUUACGUCCAAAUGGAAAAGUGGGUUCUAAAAUGACUGGACAUUUGCGGCAGAAGACUACAACAGCAUCUGAGCUAAAUGAUCCAAUUGUGCUCUCCAGUGAUGAUGAAGAAGAUCAGAUUGGUGUCACAAACAGAAUGGAGAGCAUAUCGCCACGCCCAGCAGAUUCAGCCUGUUCCUCUCCUGCACCUUCCACAGGAAAAGUGGAAGCAGCCCUGAAGGAAAAUACUUGUGAACUAGAACAAAGGCUAACUGGCAUUGCAGCAGAAACGGAAUCUACAGUAGCAUUACCAAGAAAAGCAAGAAUGAAAGACCAGUUUGGCAACAUUGUAUCCAAUGUAAAGCGUCGAAAAGUUUCCCCCCAAGAAACUGUGACUGAUAUUCCUUCAAAAUAUCAGAACUCCUACGAAAGUGUCAUAUUACACUGUCGGAGUAUAAGAAUAGGAACUCUGCGAAAAAUGGUGGUGGAUCCUGUAAUUUUUUGUUUAGACUAUAUUAAGAUACGUUUGGAAGGUUAGUAUUUUUCUUUUCCUCUUAUGACUUUUCUACAUAUUGUUGGAUGUGUUUCUUUUUAUGUGUUUAUUCUGGUGGGAUAAAAUACUUAAUAUGCCGGUAUACAUAACCAAGCAGGAAUGACUUCUUUAUAUAUAGCGCAGUAAACACCAAAGCAAAU